AUGAGCGAUUCACCAUUUCGCAACGUAACCAUUGUUGGAGCCACCGGCACAUUAGGUUAUCGAAUCGCUGACGCUUUUUUGAAUGAUGGAUCUUACAACGUGAAAAUCCUUCGAAGAAAGCCGGAAAACGUAAACGCGAAAGCUAGUUCGUUAACCGAAAGAGGCGCAAAAAUCGUAUUUGCGGAUUACAGUCAAAAAGAUGAGCUUGUCAAAGCUCUUAAAGGAACCGAUGUUCUGGUCAGUACCGUAAAAAGCAACCAAGAUAAUAAUUAUCAUAGCUUUUACGAAGUUCAAUUACCACUAUUGACUGCGGCAAAAGAAGCCGGUGUAAAGAGAUUCAUCCCGUCUGAAUUUGGUAGCGAGUAUCAGGGUAUAUCUCAUCCAUUCUCGGACGACAAAGCAAAAUUCCGAGCAGAAGUUGAAAAAAGUGGACUUGAGUAUACGAUCAUCUUCACCGGGCUAUUCUAUGAAUACCUUGACUGGAUAGGGUUUGACAUUAAGAAGAAGAAAGCCACGUUCUUUACGGAUCCAAACUUAACUAUUUCUACAACUUCUUUACAUGAUGUUGGUAAAUACACUGUUGAGUCACUUAAAAUCCCAGAUGCUCGGAACGCUCGUAUCAGAGUUGCUGGCGCCACAUUGUCAUUCAAUGAGUUGCUUAAAAAGUUUGAAGAAGCUUCUGGGUCCAAGUGGGAAGUUGUUGAAGAUAGGGAAAUACGAAAACGUUUCCGAGAAAAGAUCGACCCAGUUCCCUCACCAAAUUGA